AUGCGCACGGAACACGUCGUGAAGGAGGGCGACUCGCUGAUCCUUCCCUGCCCUGCGGUGGGUGCUCCGAAGCCGCAGCUCAUCUUCACUAAGACGGGCGGCUACGGAGUGCAAACAGCCCGAGACCUUCCACUGGGUGCCGACUCGUUGGGCAAUCAGCUGCAGUCGAUCAAUCGACGCUCCGUUCUCUCGCAGGUCAGUUUAAGGCCGGAUCAUCUUGCGUGGAGUGGAGAGUGA